CUCUAGUAGCAUGAUUAUUGAUUAGCCUAGGGGUAGGAUACUCUAAGAGCUCAGGAUUCUGAGCUACUAAGCCUAAAAACAUCAAUCUUCGUUCCUACCCGUUCGUUCAGUCAAUUUCAGAGCGGGAUGAAUCCAGCUUGCUCUCCAUUGGUGAUGAUGCCGCCGUUCAGAGAGCUCGAAGAGGCAAACUCCGGUCCAGAAUCUAACCCCACGGACGCGGUUAUCUUCGUGGGUAUCAGCCUGGUGUUAGGGAUCGCUUGCAGGCAUCUGCUGAGGGGUACCAGAGUGCCCUACACCGUCUCUUUGCUCUUCAUUGGCAUUUCCCUCGGAGCCUUGGAUUAUGGAAAGCAUAACCAGUUGGGAAAGAUUGGGGACGGGAUUCGUAUUUGGGCAAAUAUUGAUCCUGACCUUUUGUUGGCUGUUUUUCUUCCUGCACUACUCUUCGAAAGUUCAUUCUCGAUGGAAGUGCAUCAAAUAAAGAGGUGUGUGGUCCAAAUGGUUCUACUUGCUGUGCCCGGAGUGCUCAUUUCAACCUUCUUUCUUGGAUGUGCAAUAAAGCUUGCUUUCCCAUAUAACUGGAGUUGGAAAACAUCUUUAUUGUUCGGGGGACUACUUAGUGCUACUGACCCUGUGGCUGUUGUGGCAUUGUUGAAAGAACUUGGGGCAAGUAAGAAAUUGAGUACCAUAAUUGAAGGAGAAUCCUUGAUGAAUGAUGGGACGGCAAUCAUUGUAUAUCAGCUAUUCUUACGCAUGGUUCUUGGAUGGAGCUUUAACUGGGCGUCAGUAAUAAGCUUUUUGCUACAAGUUUCCAUUGGAGCAGUGGCCAUUGGUUUUGCCUUCGGAUUGUCAUCUGUUUUAUGGCUUGGAUUUAUUUUCAAUGAUACAGUGAUAGAAAUCACAUUGACAGUUGCUGUGAGCUAUGUAGCUUAUUUCACCGCACAAGAAUUUGCCAAUUCUUCUGGUGUGCUGGCUGUCAUGACGGUAGGAAUGUUUUACUCUCUUGCCGCUAAAACUGCUUUCAAGGGUGAUGGUAAAAAAAGUCUGCAUUAUUUCUGGGAAAUGGUCGCUUAUAUUGCUAACACCUUAAUUUUUAUUCUGAGUGGGCUUGUCAUAGCUGAUGAUGUUCUUAGAAGAAACACUUCUUCUGAAACCCAAGCACAUUCAUGGGGCUAUCUCAUCCUUCUCUACGUUUUUGUUCAAGUCUCCCGGAUUGCUGUUGUUGGAAUGUUAUUUCCAUUUCUGCGUUGCUUUGGCUAUGGCUUAGAUUGGAAAGAAGCUAUUAUUCUCGUAUGGUCUGGUCUACGAGGGGCUGUAGCAUUAUCUCUUUCGUUAUCCGUGAAGCGUUCAAGUGAGAAUGCAUCUGAUAUCAAUCCAGAGACUGGAUCUCUGUUUAUGUUCUUUACUGGUGGAAUUGUGUUCUUGACACUGAUUAUCAAUGGAUCUACAACACAAUUCAUUUUACACAUUUUGAGAAUGGAUAAGCUAUCAUCAGCAAAGCGGCGCAUAUUGAAGUACACAAAGUAUGAGAUGUUGAACAAAGCUGUAGAGGCAUUUGAUAGCCUUGGAGAUGAUGAGGAACUUGGACCUGCUGACUGGCCUACAAUCAAAAGAUAUCUUACAUGCUUAAAUGAUUUAGAGGAUGAAGGAAUUCACCCUCAUUAUUCAUCUGGAAAUGAUGAUACUAUACAUCAUCUAAAUACGAAAGAUAUCCGAAUUCGCUUCUUGAACGGUGUUCAAGCAGCUUAUUGGGGAAUGCUCAAUGAGGGAAGAAUAACACAGAAUACUGCAAGCAUUCUAAUGGAAUCAGUAGAUGAAGCACUUGACUUAGUAUCUAAUGUGGCGCUGUGUGAUUGGAAAGGCCUAAUAAGUCACGUUAACAUUCCAAGUUAUUACAAGUUCCUUCAAACAAGCAUUGUCCCUCAAAAGAUCGUCACGUUCUUCAUUGCUCAGAGAUUGGAAUCUGCUUGUUACAUCUGUGCAGCCUUUCUUCGGGCCCAUAGGAUUGCAAGGCAGCAGUUAUAUGACUUCAUUGGAGAUAGUGAAAUUGCAUCAAGUGUGACAAACGAAAGCAUGGAAGAAGGAGAGGAUGCAAGGAGAUUUCUUGAGGAAGUACGUCUCACAUUUCCUCAGGUUCUCCGUGUUGUCAAAACUAGACAAACAUCUUAUGUUGUUCUGAAUCGAUUGAUUGACUAUGUGCAUAAUCUUGAAGAGAUUGGUCUGUUAGAAGAAAAAGAGAUGAUUCAUCUUCAUGAUGUUGUACAGACUGACCUAAAGAAGCUCCUACGGAACCCCCCUGGUGUAAAAUUGCCAUGUGUUCAUGACUUGAUUAGUAUAAAUCCUUUCCUAGGAGCCCUUCCUUCAGCAGUAUCUGAGACACUAGUUGGCUGUACUAAAGAAAUUAUGAAGCUAAGUGGUUCUGCCCUUUACAAACAAGGAGAUCAGCCAAUUGGUAUUUGGCUUAUUUCAAAUGGAGUAGUGAAGUGGACAAGCCGGAUAUCGAGCCAUAAUCACCGACCGUGUCCCACAUUUACACAUGGAAGUACAUUGGGAUUGUAUGAAGCUCUUGUUGGAAAGCCAUACAUCUGUGAUAUUAUUGCUGAUUCAGUGGUUCUCUGUUCUUUUGUUGAAACUGAGAAGUUACUUUCUGCUCUUAGAUCUGAUCCUACCAUAGAAGAUAUGUUUUGGCAGGAAAGUGUGACUAUUCUUGCCAAUGUCUUGCUUCCUGAAGUCUUUGGGAGUAUGAGGAUACCCGACUUAAGAUCUCUUGUUGCACGAAAAUCUGCACUGAGCUCUUACAUAAAAGGGGAAAGUUUUGAAUUGGCCGAUCAUUGUAUUGGUUUUUUAUUAGAAGGAUUUGUGAAGUGUCAAGGUGAUGAUGGCGAGUUAGUAUCCUCUCCUGCAGCAUUAUUGCCUUCUUACAUAGGCCAAAGUUCCCAAAGUUCUGGCACAGAAGGCAGUUUUUUACAUCAAGCACAUUGGUAUCAUGUUGAGACAAGAGCUAGGGUGAUCAUACUUGAUAUUGGAGCACUUGAAUCAAUCAGAGGCCACCAUAGAUUGUCAUCCUUGUAUUUAUUACAUCCAGCUGAGCACAUGCCUAGAUCACUUAGUAGAGAGAGUGGGAGCCUCAUGAGUUGGCCUGAACAUUUUUCUAUGGCUGGAGAACAUUACAACAAUCAUGAAGGCACUUGUCAACAGCAAGACAUUUCUUCCACACAGGGAAUGCAACUUUGUAUCUCCGGCGGAACGAUGAGCAGUACCAAAGGGCACGCUUCAGGUAACGCCCCUAAAAGCAGUCUUUCUCAAAGUCUGCCAUAUCCAAUGAUUCCAUCAAAUGUUUCACAACCUCUUGUUGCUGGUGCGAGAUCAGAAGGAUCUACCCCCACACACCAGAUUGGUGAUGAAUCUGGUGGCGAGGAUGAGCACGUCGUUACAAUUUGUUCGCCAAGCAGGCAAUCGUUUCCCUAGCCUUCUUAAAAUCUUUUCUUUGCAAUGUAGGAAAGGCAGUUGAAAUUGGUAGUCUUUGUGUCUUCUUGCUUGCAUGGUAAAAUAGAAUAAGCGAGCGAUAGAUAUAAUAAUGCGAGUUUGAGAUGUGAUAUGAUGAGCAUUUUGGGAUAUUGCCAUUACUAGCUGCUGGUCUUUGCUCAAAAUUAGAUUGAACUGUGAAAUGUUCUGAAUAUAACUCAAACAUGAACAGUUUAGUUUUAGUGUUGGCAUUUGAUGUGUAUGUUUAAUCUUUAUCAUUCAAAUGUAGUAUUUCAUCUGUUCCCAAAUUAAGUGGUACAGAGGAUGCAUCAAAAUGAAGUUAACAUUUUUCCACUGUUUCUUUUAGAGAAUGAAUAUGUGAGUUUUUU